GCGCCGCGCCCUCCCGGCUGCCUAGGGUCCGGAGCUCUCGCCGCCCGCGCCCGUCCCCGCUGCUGUGCACUUGGCCUGCGCCCGAGGCCGGCCCGGGGCCAAACAGCGACGAUGAGCGGCCUCAUCGACACCCCGGAGCCCCCGCGCCAAGAGGCAGACCCAGGGAUGGCUUCCACCAUAACGGACAUCGCCAUCAUUGCAGGUGUGAUCGCUGCUGUGGCCUUGGUCCUGGUCUGCCUCCUCUUCGUCAUGCUGCACUACAUGUACCGGCACAAGGGCACCUACCACACCAACGAGGCCAAGGGCACGGAGUUUGCCGAGAGCGCCGAUGCAGCCCUGCAGGAUGACCCUGCUCUCCAGGAUGCUGGUGACAGCAGCAGGAAGGAGUAUUUUAUCUGAGGGACACCAGACCUCACCUCCCCAGGGCCUCCUCCCAUUGCAGGAUGGAAAAUGCAAACCCCCAGCCGGCACCGCCCUGCAGGAGCUGCACUGCCAGGCAGUCCAUGGAACACUGGCGUCUUCCUGAGACCCUGAAUGCCCAGAGCCAGUUCUGGGAGAGCUCAAGCUGGUAGAGACAGAGUGUGGAGGCUAACCUUUUCUUUGCCAAGAAGAGUGACAUUCUGGUCAGCCAGAUGCCUUAGGAAGUUCUCCUGUUUUCUUGGUGUGCAAGCACCAUUCUGGAUACUCCAAGCCAGGACAUGAGACCUUCAUGCACAGACUCGGAUGAUGGAAUCAAACGUCAGCGCUUGGCAUUUGAACCGAGCAGCAGGUGCCUUGGGGGAAUGGAACGGCUGUUUCCCAUCAAUGCAGCUCAAAAUGCUUGGGAAUAAAUUCAAAAUGCAACUGA